AUGGUGUGGAUAUGUGGUCAAUGCAAAAAAGGUCGACAUAAAUCUUGUGAAAAUGAAUGGCAAUGUGAUUGUAAAUGCAAUAUAGGUGGUGGUGCUGAUGUUACACAAAAAACUCUAGCUAUUGCUGGUGGUACAGCAUUAGCUGUUGGAGGCUUAGCUUUAACUAUAUGUACUGGUGGUUUAGGAGCAGUUCUUAUUGGUGGUGCUAUGUUAGGUGCUGGUGUUAGUUCAACUUGGAAUGGUGCUGAAAAAGCGAUCAAAGGAGAACGAAUCGAUGGAACAACAUAUGUUGCUGAUGUUGCUUUUGGUGCUGUCACAGGUGUAGCGACUGGUGGUGUAGGUGCUGCUGGUGAAACCAUAGCUACAAAUGUUGUUAAACAAGGUGCAAAAGAAGUUGCAAAAGCAGGUGCAAAAAAAUUAGCUGUACGAGCUACUACUGGUAUUGUAACCGGAGUUACAGCAAAAGCAAUAGAUGAAGUCAAACAAUGUUCAACAACUGAUAAAAAAUGGUCCGAUUAUGGAAAAAGUUUCGACCAAUAUGGUAGUGAAAAUGGAUCAGUAGCUUCAUGGAUUACAAGUGCAGCUGUUGGUGGUUUAGGUGGAGCAAGCAGUCAUGUUAGCUCGAAUUUAUCGAAACAAGUUACAUCUGGUGUUGCUAAAAGUGUUACACGUGUUGCUGUUAGUGGAACAACUGCAGCAGUUAGUGAUGCAACAAUUCAAAGUGUUAAUAUAGCUGUUGGAAAUCAAGACAAGUAUGAUAUUAAACGUACUGUUACAAGUGCUUCAACAAGUGCAAUAAUGACAGCAGCUCAAGAAGGUACAAAAAAUGCUAUUUAUAAAACUAAUGGUGGAAAAGAUAAUAUGUUACAUGAAAAAUCAAAUAGAAAAGUAAUUGAGGAAAAAGUGCCCAAACAAAAUCAACAAAAAGUAAUGAAAGAAUAUGAAAGUUUGAAGAAAAUACCUCAAGCGACAUUGAAUGAGGAAUCAACGAAAGCUUUUACUUAUACGAAUUCAGAAGCACGAAAAGCUCAUCAUCAAUCGAUUAUUGACAAUUAUGAUGCUCAGAUUACGGAACAAAAUAAACUGAAAAAUGCAGCAAUCGAUGCGAAAAACAAACCAACUAUCGCAGAACAUCAACAAAAGGCGAGAAAUUUAAUAAAACAAAAAAAUGAAGAAAUUAAAACUUUUCAAGAAAGUAAUAAGCCAAUAUUUCAAAAAAGUGAUAUUCAGAAGAUGAAUAAUGAUAAUAAUGCUCAUUUUCUUACUGGAGAUAAAGUUGGACAAAUAGCUGUUGAUAUCAAAUCACCCGUUGUUGAUUCCAGAGGAUCAACAAGAGCAAUAUUUGAUUAUGGAGCUGAUAGACAAGGACGUGCACAAUUUCGAUAUUCUGAUUAUACUAAUGAACAUGAUUAUUCAAAGAUGCACGGUUAUGGUGAAAGUAAUUACUAUAAGACUCAUCAAAAUUAUGAUAAUAAUUUGAAAGUAGUGAAUGGACAAGUGAAUAAUCUUAUGUGUAAUCAACAGGCACAAGACGAAAAGAAAAGAAAGAAAAAACAAAGUUGA